AUGGCACCACGACGCAGACCACUACACUUGCCGCCGCCGACGAAAGCGGCUGGAGAGGAAGAGGAGGAAGCUCUGCGAAACGAACGCCUCAACGACGACGACGACGAAGGUGAUCCUGCCGCUGCUAACGUCAAAGCCGCCGGCGCUGUGGCUGCUGCCCUCUCCGCCAUGCACGAUGCCGCGGCGGCCGCGGCCGCCUCGUCGUCUUCUGCCGGCGGCAUCAGCGCCGCCGGCACCCGCUCUUCCGCAUUCCAGGCGAAAGGGCCCAAGGCGGUCAUGGCAUCCGCCGAGAUGCUGCCAUCAUCCGGGACCGGUGCUGCUGCUGCCUUGGCGCCUGCUUCUUCUCUAGACCAACGCCCCCUCCCGCCAGUUCACUCCCUGCCAUCGACGCCCACCCGCUCCGCUGUUGCAACUCUCCUCCGCGACCAUCUGGGCGCGCCUCUCGCCGCGUCCGAUCCGAUUCGAGAAUGUGAUCCGCCCGUUCUGGAAGAGCUGCCACGGAACCCGAGGGAGGUGAUGCGCGUGGCGCACGAAAAGAUCCAUGUGUUUCCAUUCAAGGACGUGCGGAAGUGCUGGUUGCGGGCAUGGGUUGAAGGGAGCUUGGCGAGGGCGACGGAAGUCUUGGAAAAUGACGGAGAGGAGCUGGGUGAUUGGGUGGCUGAGGUUGUCAGGUUGGUGGAUAUGGCGUUGAUCCUCGCCGGAGGCGUGGGUAGGGAAUCAACUUGCGAAUGGAUUUUUGCGGUGCUGGAAAGGAUGAUGGAGCAGGGUGAAGAACAGCGCGAGCGUCCGGCAAAGAGGCGAAGGCUUUCUGAAAGAGAUACGGCCGAUGACGCUCACGGAAAGGACAGCUCCGGGUGGAAACACCCAGAUGCGUUUCCGAACUCCACUGUUCGCGCUCCCCCUCUUCGACGUCCUAUACCUAGACAUGAGAACCUCAGUCUUGCGGACUUCCAGGCUCAUCUCAACACUGCAGCUGGUGCUCAAAAUUCUACAGAUGAGAAUCUACCUGGAGAUUUGCCUCAGCCUAUGAUUAUUACCGGCGCACUGGAUCACUGGCCUGCAAUAUCAGACCCGUCUAGAAGAUGGAGUGAUCCAAACUACCUUAUGCGGAAGACACUUGGAGGGCGACGCCUCGUCCCAAUCGAGAUAGGCAGGAGUUACACUGACGAAGGUUGGGGACAGGGAAUCAUCACUUUUAGCGAGUUCAUGCAGAAGUACAUGUUCCACGACCAGGACGACGCUUCAAAACCAGCUGUUAGCAGAACGGACGAUGCGAGGGGACACAACGAUGAUGAUGACGCCGCGUCGACCAUCACCACCACCACAACAGGCGGCGAGCAAACCGGCUAUCUCGCCCAGCACGACCUCUUCGCCCAGAUCCCCUCGCUGCGCGCCGACAUCGCCGUGCCGGACUACUGUUACUCCACGCCCGUCCCGUCGCCGUCGCCGGCGACCAAGAACGCGACCGCACCCUUGCCUCCGGGCCACCCGUCCUUCCCGCUCCUCAACGCCUGGUUCGGGCCCGCCGACACCAUCUCGCCCCUGCACACCGACCCGUACCACAACGUCCUCGCCCAGGUCGUCGGCCGCAAGUACGUCCGCCUCUACCCGCCGGGCCAGCGCCAGCGCCUGUACCCGCGUGGCGUCGGGCCCGACGGCGUCGACAUGGGCAACACGAGCGAGGUCGACGUCGGCGAGGCCAUGACCGUGCUUGAGGGCUGGCACGGCUGGUCUUUUUCUUCUUCUGACGACGACGACAACGACGACGGGGUGGCAGCGCUGUCGGCCGAGGAGGCGUGGGCUCGCGAAGAGGACUUGAAGAUGCGCAGGUUCGACUUCGAGGAGAGGUGGCCGCAGUUUGCGAAGGUCGAGGGCUGCUGCGAAGCCGUGCUGGGGCCUGGCGAUGCGCUCUACGUGCCCAAGGGCUGGUGGCACUAUGUAAGGAGUCUGUCGCCGAGCUUCUCGGUGAGCUUUUGGUGGGACUGA